AUGCUAGAGACGAGUCAUUAUACUUACUUUGAUGCGCCUGAGGGAGACGAGCCACUUUCUUUGGACAUGGAAAGUAUGGGAAAAGGUCAGAUAUGGGUGAACGGUGAGAGCAUUGGUAGAUACUGGACGGCAACUGCAGCUGGUGACUAUGGUCACUGUAGUUACACCGGUGCAUACAAACAGAACAAGUUCCUCUCUGGCUGUGACCAGCCUACACAGAAAUACUAUCAUUUUCCGAGAUCAUGGUUAAAACAGAGCCAAAACCUAUUAGUCUUAUUUGAGUAUAUUAUAAGCUAG